AGGAGCAUCUGUCAUUUCUUUCACCGUGUACACAAUGUUGUAUUUCGACAAGUACAGAGCCACAGCCACAGCCGCUAAGUACGUCGGCUUGGCCGCAUCGGGAAUAGUUGGGCCCCUGCUUCUUUCGGCUGCCGUAUCAAAUUACGGCUUAGGAGGAAGCUUCCUUAUCGGCGCAGCAAUAGCUAUGAAUGCCUUGCCACUAGAGAUCUUUCUUCGCAAGCCACGUCCUCUCGUAUUUACGUUUCAGUGGUGCAAUAUGCGGAACAUGUCAGGUACUGAACACGAAACCAGAAAGGUUACGAAAGGAAGCUGCAAUGAUGUACGCGGAAUUCAGAAAGAUUCAAGCAGCGCCAGAACAGCUUAUACUGCGUCACCGGGUGAAGCGAAAUUAAGUGCCCUGGCCAGAAAUGUAGAUCUUACUGAGCUGUUCUGCGACAACAAAAUCCCUAGUGACGGGAAGCCUUUCCAAGCACAAUCGCUCCUAGGCGCCAAAACCUCUGCUGGCAGUAGCCAAUCUCGCAAGUGUGGAUCAAUAUGUCUUGGCCACGAAGGACACGUUUCUUACGGAACGCCGGCAGCUACCGUCUUGCAAUUGUUGCCUUCUGAGUCAAGUAAAAGCAUCUCCGAACAAGUGGCUCUCUUCCGUCAGCUUGCCUUCUACGUACUGCUCGUCGUGUACGCCUUCUGCGAUUGGACAAUAUCGUUGCACACUACGACCAUUGUGGACUACGGCCGUGACAAGGGAUCUCCCCUCGAGAAGGCAAAGUUAGUGCUCACCUUCAACGCAGCGGGUCAGUUCGCCGGAAGGACGCUUUUGCCUUUCGCCUCGGACAACGUAGCACACAGCCGGUGUCCACUGGCCGUUGCGUGCUUCAUCGGAUGCGGCACCUGCUUGGCGUUCAUGCCGUCCGUGCAGUCCCUAUCUGCCUUUGUCGCACUGAACCUGGUUCUAGGAGUGUGUCAGGGUUUUGUGACCUGUAUCCGAAGCGUCUUGGUCAACGACUACUGUGGAGUCGAGCGGCUGCCUACGUUCUUCGGCAUUCUCGGACUCACACUGGUGCCGCUGUCGUUCAGCGGGCCAACAAUCAUAGGUUUCUUCCGUGACACCCUGGGUUCGUACGACAACCUCUACCGGAUGCUGGGAGCAUUGAACAUUUGCAUUGCGGUUCUGCUGUUCGUUCUCGUGUGGCGCGACAGGAUGCGGAGAAAAUCUUGCGACCUACCUACAGCAGCAAUGGGACACGGAAACGAAUUAGGUUUUGAUGAUAACUGAAAAAAAACGCUUUUGACGUGCAUGAAAUCUCUAUGGACAUUUUCUGGGAAGACGACAGACUUUCUUUAGACACCCUGUACACUUCUGGUCAUAAUGUUCUUCUUGACUCAAGCCUUCGAGCAUUACACA